AUGUCAAAGCCGUGUGACCUUAGUGCCCUUAUAUCAGGCAUUAAUGGACAAGAUGGGUUCUAUUUGUCCCGUCACCUUCUUCAGCUGGGCUAUCGAGUUUAUGGCCUUAUGCGGGGAUCUUUAAACAAGAAGACUCACCUCUCCCUCCUCAUCAAAGAAUAUGGAGCCCGUCUGACUUUGCACUCAGGUGACGUGCUAAACUUGGCGUGUUUGAUCGAGCUUCUUAACAGGAUUGAAGUUGAUGAGAUCUACCAUCUUGCGGCUCAAUCGCAUGUCGGCCUGUCUUUUCAGCAAGCUCUCUAUACUUACGACGUAAACAGUAUUGGGACUAUCCGACUUCUAGAAGCCUUGCAGGCCCUGGAUAUGCAUAAGCGCGUUCGAUUCUACAAUGCUUGUAGCUCUGAGGUCUUUGGUCGUGUAACUGAGAUUCCCCAGAAAGAAACCACCCCCUUUCGGCCAGUCUCGCCGUACGGUGCCUCAAAAGUUCUGAGCUACUGGGCCACAAAGCUCAUGCGCGAGCAGCAUGACAUGUUUGCAGUCAAUGGGAUCCUCUUUAAUCAUGAAUCACCAUUGAGAGAUGAAGCUUUCGUCACACGAAAAAUCACUCUAGGCGUGGCUCGCAUAGCCCAUGCCAUGGCGACUGAAAUCCAGUUGGGUUAUCUCGACUCCGAAAGAGACUGGACACACGCCGCUGAUAUGGUUGUUGGAAUCCAUCACAUGAUGCAACAGCAGCGGCCCGACGAUUUUGUUCUUGCGAGCGGCACGUCGCGAUCUGUCAGAUGUUUUGCGGAGGCAGCUUUUAAAGUCAUUGGUAUUGAGCUUAGAUGGCAGGGCGAGGGGGAAAACGAGGUGGGGUAUGAUGCUCGAGAUGGCACUGUUCGCGUUCGGGUGAACAGCGAGCUUUUCCGACCACUUGAAGUAGAGAAGCUGCUUGGCGAUCCCGCGAAAGCCGCAAUAGUGUUGAAAUGGCAGCCAACCAUUACUUUUGAGAAUCUGGUCAAGGAGAUGGUUGAAGCGGAUCUACAGCUCUUAUCGUCCACGCCUCGAUUGUAA